AUGAAUCCAGAAGAGCAUCAUCCUACGUCGAUUAGCGUCCAAGCGGACCAAUUCAACGAAUCAAUCGUGGAUCAAGCGGGCGUGUUGGAAAAGGACCACCCGCUGCUGGAACGGUUCCAGCAGGCUCUGAAAGCCCAUUUGCUUCGGGUGAAGGAUCAGCUCGAGGGAGAAAUAGCCGAUCUGAAUCAUCGCUUGGAGCAAAAUGAGGCGGAAUCCGAAGAGGUCGGAGCACGGCUGUACGAUCUUCAGGAGGAAAUCGACGGCCAGAAAGAGUUGCUGGUUAUCUAUGGGAAAGAGAUUGUAGAGGUCUCCGGCAGGAGGGUAGCGGAGGAGCAGAAAGUGGUUGAGUACAAGAAGGAGUAUGAUGAGGAGAAUCAGAAGUUGAAAGAGUUUAAAAAAAUCUAUAAUGAACAUUUGCAAGAAUUGGAUAAUCUAACGGUAUUGGAGAGUGAGUUUUCCAAGUGGGACAAGGAGAUCAAGGAGGAGAUUGCUGUCGCUAAACGGGUUGCCAGUAAGGACGCAAAAGAUAAGCUGGUUGCUGCCGAAGAAAAGCGCAAAAUGGAUCUGCUUGUUUUCAACCUUGAUGCGGAGGUACGCAAGAAGGAACGGGAGUUGGAAGGAAUCGAAGAACAAAUGAAGGAACAGGAGAGCGCAACGGAAGUGAUCAACCGGAGCUUGGCGGAUGCUAACUCGGACUUGGAGGCCCUACAGCAUGAGCAUAAGCGUUUGUUUCAAUCCUGGGGUGAAGUUAUUGUUGCCAUACAACAGAGAGAUAAUGUUUUGUCCAAGACUAAAGAUGAUUUGGAAAACGUUUAUGAGGAACAUAAGGUAAUCAAAAGUAAAACUGACAUUACUAAAAAGGCUGCAGCAAAAGAAAUGGAGCAAAACGAACAGCUUUCGGGAUUUAAAUCCAGAAUUCAAGGCGACAUCAGUAUUUUGGAAAAACAAGUCAACAAGGAGCAGGAAGAAAAUGAUAAACUAACCCGUGAUUUGGACCAUUAUGCCAUGAUUUUGGAGCAAACGGAAGCGGAUAUGUUGAAGGCUCAACAGGAGGGUCUACUGAUUGAAAAUCACUUGAAAUCGCUCCGACAAACUUUGAAUAAACAAAAUCAAAAGAAGUUCGAUCUGGAGGAGCAAAUAUUGGAACUGUUGCAGGAUCAAAUUACAACAGAUAAAGCUGGCGAAAAUCAAGGUAAAAUACUGAGAGAAGUCCAGCAGAAGCGUCGAGAGCUGGAAAUUUCUAUGUCGGAUACGGAGAAUCAGCUGUCGGUAGUUCUGUUGAGCUUGGAAAAAUGGCGUGGUUUAGUGGAAAAAUCGAAGGAAGACGUUCAAGGCAUGAAGAAAGAGCAUGACUCGAUGGAUGCUGAGGCUAAAAAGUACGACGAACAGAUGAAGAUGAUUAAGGAAAUUAUUUCGGCUAAGUUACGCAAGCUGGAUGCUCUUAAUAGAGAACUGGAGCAGUUGAUCAAGCAAGCUGGUGGCCAAGAAUUGAAUCCCGAUGAGCUAAGACUGCUGGAUGUGAGACAUGAUAUAGCGGAGCUUGACGUAAAGAUUAAAGAAUCUCAGGAAGCUUGGCUAAAAUUGCAAAACAGCAUUGUUAGUUUGUCGGAAAAGCGGGUCCAGCAGCUGAAUGAGAUAAAUUACUCCCGUAAAAAGCUGCUGUUGGUGGAGCAAAAAGCCAUUAAAAUUGAAGCUCAACUAGAAAAAGUUGUGAAUGAAAAUCGAGAAAUAGUUCGUUCGUUGUCAUCGUUGAAUUCUCGAUUGGAUUCCGUUAGUAUGGAACUUUUUAACACCAAGAAGAUUCAUGAGAAAGAAGAAAUGGAAUGUGACAUUUCCCAUCAAUAUACAACCGAGCGUUUGAAGGAAGCGGAGCUGUCCGUUUUGAACCUGGAGCAAGAUUUAAUUGAUUUGGGAAAAGAAAUCGACGACUGCAAGCAAGAAGUUUUGGCUAAACAUCGCGAGGCAUUAUCUUGGGAGACUAAAUACAAAAUGUCGGCUGAAGCAAAAAAGUUUAAGGACGAGGAAUCGGCACAGAACAGUGAAAUCGGUAUAAUGAAAGCCGAAAUUCAUCGAAUGCAGGUUCGCUACGGCCAGCUGAAGCGUAUGCAGGAAAAACUCGUUUCCGAUUUGGAAAACACGGUCCAUCAUCGAGAGCACAUUUUCGAUACGGUUAAUGCUCGAGAAAAAGUGUAUGGAAGCAAGUUUAAGACAAAGUCUACGAUGCAGCACAAAAUUAACGAGUUGAAAAAUAAACUGAAAGUUGUCUUUGGUGAGAUAUCUGCAGCAGAGAAGAAUCUAAUCGAAAUUGAUACCGCACAAAAGUUGCUACAGGCCGAAAUUGAAAAUAAGAAGGUCCAGAUAGAUGAAGAGAAAAUUCAAACUUGUCUAAUUAAAUCGGAGGUGGAGCAAGCUUCAUUGCUAAAACAGGACAAUUUAGACUACAUUGUCCGCCAUCAAUAUAGAGCCCGUCGAUAUCGGGCAUUUGCAAAUGCCAAACAACUUCCUAAAUUUCGCAAUGAAAUUCUUAUUCAGGCAGAUCUACAACGUCAACGCGAGAUAAACGAAAGUAUUGCGGGAAUUGUUGAGAAUCUUAUCAUUGAUUUUCCGGGACAAAAAUUUAAUCUCACCAAAAUUUUGCAAACCUUGAAGUAA